AUGGCAAUGCUCUCAUACGCGAUUUCAACUGGAACAAGCAUCGCAACCAACUACUUCCACCUGCCAUUCGACGAAGAAGAGGAUGAAGCAAUCGAAAACUACGAGCGAAAGUACCUGACAUGGGUUUCAGAGCCCACACCGUGCAGUCAGAAGCCCAUAACGUCCCCGUCGACGUCGUCACCCCCUUCUCCCGCGUUCUCAGACGGUUUUCUGUCCUCGGGCUCUUCGUCAGCGUCCCUCAGCUCCCUCCCAUCUUCAGCUUCAUCCUCGACAUUAUCCGAUUUUAAUAAACCUGAGCUCGACGCUGCAAACUCUCAGACAACACCGUCUUCACCGCCCUCACCGACCUCUUCAUCGUCCACACCUAGCCAGGACGAUACGUUUAUAACAACAGUUAUCAAUGAAAACGACCUCUAUUCGAUUCUUGGGGUGCCCAACUCUCCAACCCUCGACAAAAUGACAUUACGCAGGGCAUACCUGUCGCGGAGUAGAGCGUGUCACCCAGACAAGUUCCCCGGAAACCCACGAGCAACAGAAGCCUUUCAACGCGUAGCAGUUGCCUACGAUGUCCUCUCCACCCCAGCACUUCGACGUCGUUAUGAUAGCCGGUCUUCGACAAGUCCUUACGACGUGUUCGCCGCUCGGCCAACAGAUUAUGCAGAGGAAACACUUCGGAGUGUCAUCAUUGGUGUAUUUAACGACUUUUUGGACGGGGAUCUGGAGGUUAUCAGGACCUUGCUAAACGCGCUGAACGAUGUCAACCCCGGCGUCAAACUGGGCGACGAGGGAAUUAACUCCAUUCUUGCCUCCUUACACUCAAUCCGCGAACCUUGCCGUGUCUGUGUGUAUGCACUCCACACCGAACUAACUCGACUACUUGAAGCCCAACAUGCAUUUAGCCAACUGUCCUACUUUGACAUCAUGGGCCGCACGCGCGUAACAAUCCAGCUAACGCGAAUAACCGUUGGGAUCCCCCUUGCACUUGAACGCGCCUUGCUCGAGAAGAGUAUCUCGGACAAGGGCUCCGCCGAGUCUCGACAACGAGGCUCAUCACCGUCGUCAUCCGGGGCUCUCGAUGAGAACAGCAACAACAACAACAACGCCAAUAGGGCGAUCUUCCCUAGAAAUGUAAUGCGUUUGAUUCGAGGGAUUGACGUUGCGCUCGAUAAGAUGGAGAAGAUUCUCAAGUGA